AUGCAAGAACAAAAUAAUGAAAACCAAUCACCUCAAGUGAUUGAAAAUGAAGCAGAUAGUGAAUCGAUGAUAUUAACUAAAGUUAAUGAAGAUGGAACUACUUCAAGCUAUUUUGAUAAACGGAAGCUUAAAAUAGCACCAAGGUCGACUUUACAAUUCAAAGUUGGUCCACCAUUCCAACUAUCCAAUAAAUUUGGAAAUGUCGUUGAUAAGAAGACUGGCCAAAGUGUUAAUCUUAAGAUAAUUCCUCGUAUUGAUAGAGGUUUUGAUAAUAUUGAUGAUGCAUGGGUUGGAUAUAAAAGAAACUACUUUACGUUAGUUACUUCAUUCCAAAUUCGUAAUUAUUCACUUGAAAAUUUUUUAGAUUCAUCAUAUCAAGUGGCAUUCCUUGAAAAUUUCUAUAGACAGACUGCUGACAUAAAAUAUUUUGCAGUUAAGAUAAAGGCAAGAACAGAUAAUGAACAUACAGAAAUUAAUUUAGUACAACAUACGGCAAAGAGAGAUAAGGGUCCACAGUUUGUCCCAGAAUUAUGCCCGUUAAUUCCAUCGCCUCUACCAAAACAUCAGAUUAUCAGAGAAGCCUCGAAUGUGAGGAACACAAAUAAAAUGAAGAAAUAUGAUUCAACAUUUUUCUUUCAUAGAGAUCAGGAAGAAAAUAAAUAUGAUACAGAUGGUAUACUUCAUUCUUAUCCAGAUAAUUGUAUACAAAAAGUGGCAAGGUAUGAAAGAGUACAAUUUGCUUCCUCAAUAAAUGUCAAAAAGCCUAGUCAGCAAAAUAAACAUUUUCGUCUUUAUGUUGUAUUAGGAGCUGUAAUUGAGACCAAAAAUCUCGAAGGUAGCUUUAAAACAAACCAUUGCGAUGAAAUUUCUUUUGAUAACGGAGAAAAGGGACUGUUUGUGUAUUUACAAGAAAUGAACACUCCACCUUUAAUAAUCAGAGGAAGAUCACCUUCAAAUUAUACUAGCUCUCAACGAGUGACACUGAGGACUAAUUCAUUGACUCCAUCGGUCACAGAACCAAUUAUUAGUGGUAUCCAAAAUACAGAACAAAUUGAUAAUGUAAAGAAUAUGAAUGUAAAUGAAUUAGCAAUUAUUAAACAACCUGUAAAAAAACAAAAAGUAGGAAGGCCAGCUAAAAGAAAAUCAAAAGUUUUGGAAUUUCCAAAAGUUGAUGCAACCACAGAAUAUAUUUCUCUGUCUUUGGAUACGGAGGGCUCUGCUAACAAAAAAGAUGAGGGAUACUGUAUUUCAAGAAAUACCAAGAGAAUUCAAACGAUCGAUGAAAUUGAAAAAAUAAUGUCUUCUCAACUAUCGCUACAUGAUAAACUAGUUUCGUUAAAAGAUUCUCAAGGAGAUUUGCCAUCUUUCCCUCCUCGUGAGCAUAAAGUUUUUAGGGAUAGACCGGCCUCAUUACGGAACUUAUCUGUUGAUUUAAAAGACAUCGAAUUAAAGCCGUUUCAUUGUUUACCAAAGGAUGAAAUGUGUACAAUUGGGUCACUUGCAUUAAAUUUACCCACAGAUGGUACUUUUUGUAUUGGUUCGAGCUCUCAUAAACGGGAAUAUGAUUUGUUAGAUAGUAGUGCCAAUGAUGAUGACCUUUCACAAUUUCCUGACACAUAUGAAGAUUGGAAGCGCUGCGGAGUUAAGUCAAAAGGAGGGCUAUCAUCGGGAGAAAUAUCCUAUAUCUACAAUGUUACGAAGUGUAAUUAUAAGUUUGAUCGAGAUGGGUCAUUUGAUAAUACCGAGAUUAGUAAUAUAUCAAGAACUAUUCCAAGAAGUAUGGGAGUAACUUCGAUUUGCAGUCUGUCAUCUUCAUCAAAAAGACGAAGUAUCUUCCCAAUAAGUAGUCGGGCAUCAGUCGAUAUGAUACAUGUAGAGCUUAGCGAUACGUCGAUGAAAUUUGAUGAAACUAGUUUUGCAUGA